AUGAGUUCCAAGCUGAGCAAGUUGCUCUAUUGGUUUUGGACCGAUCUGCAUGUUCACGAUUCUCCUGCGCUUAUAAAAGCUCUGGAGCUUGGACGGGUUGAACUCUAUCCAGUUUGGUGUUGGGAUCCGUAUUACAUCUAUAAUACACCAGUAGGCCCGAACAGAUGGCAAUUCUUAUUUCAACCCCGGGAUCCAUCCAUCAUCAAGGCUGCAAAGGAUUCUGAUGUUGAAAUACUGACAUCCCCCGGCCAUACUCUAUAUCCACAAGAAAAAGUCAUGGCGGCAGCAAAAGGAAAUUUACCUGCAGAUGAUCCUCUGCCUCUGGAGUUUCUGGAGAAAUGGAAAAGGGCUUGGACAGACCGACUUGCUACUGAGAAAGAUAUCAACAGCAACAACUCUCUCAGCACAUUUGAAGUUUGGAACACUACCCUCCAGGUUAUUUUGUGGAUGACUGAAACAAUUGGAAAAGGAAACCCCAAAAAUCAAAGCAUCGAGUUCUCCAAUCAAACCCCCACCUACUCAACAAAAAGUAAGGUUUUUUCUCUCAAGUUUCAUGCCCACCAACAAGGUCUGAUCAACCUCAAAGUGACAAUGGAAGAGCGUGUAGCCAAGAAAGCUGAGAAAUUAAUCCACGGACAUCCAUUUCCUCAAUGUGAUUCCUGGCCGCCCUUCCUCAGUUCCCGCUACGUUCAAGGGUACGGAGCCUUCCGGCUCUGGGAAGAAUCUUGCAAUGAUCUUUGGUACCUGCGCUCUUGA